AUGGACCUGGGGUACUUUCCCCUCGCCUUCCCGCCGGGGCUGUGCCGCGGGGCCCCGCAGCCUCCCCACCCCCGGCGGGGGGACGGCGCCUUCCUGGCGCUGGGCACCGCGGCCAGCGCCGCGCCACCCCCGCCGCCUGCCUGCGCGGGGGCGGCGGGGUACGCGGCCGCCCACCCCGCGGCGCCGGGCCACGGCUACCGGCCGUCCCGCGGACCGGCGGCGGCCCCGGCGGCGCCCCGCACCUUCGAGUGGAUGCGAGCGAAGCGGAGCCCGCCUGGGAGAAGCGGCGCGGCGCCGUGCGGGGGGGAACCUCCCGCCUGCCCCGCACGCACCAGCUUCAGCACCCGGCAGCUCACGGAGCUGGAGAAGGAGUUUCACUUCAGCCGGUACCUGUCGCGGGCCCGCCGCCUCGAGGUGGCCCGCUCGCUGCGCCUCCGCGACGCCCAGGUGAAGGUCUGGUUCCAGAACCGCCGCAUGAAGCAGAAGAAGCGGGAGCGGGAGGCGCUGGCCGCCCCCGCCGCCGAACCCACGGGUGCCCCAGGCGGCCCCGCAUGA